GUGAAACCCCCAGAAAUGAAGGAAACGAGGGAAUCUUCUGGGAUUUUGGCUGUGGAAAGGAGCACGCGGGCAGGCGACGGCGCUGAGGCGAAGCCGUGGGUGCGCGGUGGCUGUUGGGUGGCCAUGGCCGUGCUCUUCCUGGCCCUGCUCGUCACCGCCACCGCUUUCGCAGCGCAGGCGUUUCAGCCCCGCCCCUGUUUCCGGUGCCCGUGGGACUGGAUUGGCUACAGAGGAAAGUGCUGGUUUUUCGGGGAGGCCGAGGGGAACUGGACGUGGGGACGCGACAACUGCACUGUGCUGGGGGCGUCCUUGGCCACGCUCGACAGCCUCGAGGACCUGAAUUUUGCGAUGAGAUUUACGGGAAUUUCGGAAAAUUGGAUCGGCCUUUCCCGGCAAAACGAGGAGAAGCCAUGGGAAUGGGUGAACGGCUCGCGAUUCUCUCACCUGUUUCGGGUCCACGGCGAUGGCCUCUGCGCUUCCCUGGGUGCCCGCGGGGUCGACUCCUCCCACUGCGGCGCCAAAAAUCACUGGGUUUGCACCAAAACUGAG